GUGGAAUAUCCUGUUGAUAUUUCUGACAAUCCAGAUCAAUCUUUCAAAAAGUACAAAUACACAACUUACAACUUCACCCUAGCAAUGAAUUGGUCACCAUUUUUGGUUUCAACGAAAGAAAUAGAUGCAGAUGGUCCAUGCCAUACUGGACUCUACAACCUUUACCUAGAUGAAGCAGAUGAGAAAUGGACCACCCUAAUUGGGGGAUAUGACUACAUCAUCUUAAACGCCGGCCACUGGUUUGCCCGGUGCAGCGUCUACUACGAAAACAACCAACGAGUCGGCUGCAGGUACUGUGGAUUGCCAAAUGUUACUGAACUCCCACAUAACUAUGCCUACCAAAGGGCAUUUCGAACUGCUCUUAAAGCUAUCAACGACAUAGAAAAUUUUAAGGGUGUAGCGAUACUUAGGACUUUUGCACCUUCUCAUUAUGAAGGUGGGGACUGGAAUAAGGGAGGAGAUUGUGUAAGGACAAGGCCAUUCAGAAGUAAUGAGACCGCGUCCGAAGGUCAAAGCUUGGAGCAAUAUAGGAUCCAAGUGGAAGAGUUUAAGAUUGCAGAGAAGGAAGGGAAGAUGAAGGGGAAGAGAUUCAGAUUGAUGGAUACAACAAAAGCAAUGUUGUUGAGACCAGAUGGUCACCCAAGUAAAUAUGGGCAUUGGCCAAAUGAAAAUGUAGUAAAUGACUGUGUUCAUUGGUGCUUGCCUGGUCCUAUUGAUUCUUGGGCUGAUUUCUUGUUUCAUAUGUUCAAGAUGGAAGGCACCAGAUCCCUAGUUGAAAAGCUUCAAUAAGAGAGCUAAACUAUACAUUAUUGUACUUUGAUUUUUAAUAUAUUUUUGUUUCUAAUGAUCAUUUAUUCUU